AUGACUAGCGAGUUCACUGACAUUUCAGGGAACACACCCUUGCGAGGCAAUGAAAGGCAACCGAAGAAACGUGGAGGGCUAUCUGGAAGAAUGCGGCUACUCCCACUAGCAGAUACAUCGGCUCAAGGAGCUUACGAAAUGUUUUCAAGUAAUAACCCCUCUAACGGAGGAAAAAGCGGUCUGGUGACACAGAAACUUAAGAAGAUCACACAUAAGCGCGAGUUGGUUGAAGCUGUUCGAAAAGCUACCACGCCCAUGAUGCUUCCUGGCCGCGAUUCUCCCUUAUCUAGCUCAGUUCGAGGUUUGCAUGAGGGAAGCGGUGGCAGCGGAGGACCUGAGACGGAUUCCAGUCAGCGUGACAUUGAAUGUUUGGAAGAUGGCGUCCAUCUGAAUGCUCGUAAAUUCAACGAACUCAAGCUCAUGGCUGAACGGAGGCAGCGCGAGCUUAACGGUUUAUUGGAUGAGCUACGCGUGUUGCAGUUAGAAAACGACACGCUUAGCCGCAUACAGAACCAAGAUACCCCGAUAUCCAAGAAAAACAUACAGAUCAAGCAACAGAUUACACAAUGCACAGCUAGCAUGGAGGAGCAAAUGCAUCUUCGGCGGCAGCUCGAGCACAUGAUUCGACGAUUACAAACCACGCAGUUGCGAGUGGAUGCACAGCUCACGGGUAUGGCCGCAGCGGUGGAUAGUAGCGAACGCGAAGUCGAAGAGGUGAAAAUGCUUUGCAGACAACUCGAGGUCGGUAAGAGCCGCGCAGUGCAGUUCCUUCAGGAGGUUCAGUUGCAACUGCAGAUGGAACGGAAAGCUAGAGCGCGUGAGCUUGGAGACCACGAGGUUCGCGCUAGAAACUCGCAAAAGAUGGAGGCUUGGCGGCUCCAGCGCGCUCAUGAGCGCGCGGAAAUGGUGGCAGAAAUGCGUGGAGACUUGUCAGCUGAGGAGGAAGCUCGCCUGGUGCGUAGCAUCGAGAACCGCGAGCGUGCCAGCGAGGCCUUGCACGCAGCAAACCUAGUCAAGUCGCAAAAGAAUGCCGACUUUGAAGCGGUACUUGCCGAGCUCAAGCUUGCGAUGGGGGCCUCAACUCUGCGCGAAGUUGUUGAAAAAAUUGCCGCUCAAGCUGCCACCAGUGUCUCCUUGGACAAGGAGAAAACACACGCAGAAGAGCGACUGAUUACUGUACGACAGGAGAAGGAGCAGGUACUGCAGGAGUUGAACGAGCUCAAGGCUUCGGGCAUUGGGGGUAUCGAGCUCAAUCGCGAAGUUUACAACACUUUGGAGAGCGAAAUCCAGCAAGCGAAGGCCACGCUCAAGGUGAACAAGUCGGCCUACGAACGGCUGGAUGGCGUCAUGUCAGCAGUGCGACAAGGAUCGUUUGGCUUGGCACGGCGGCUACAGGCUUUCGACGACGUGCUCGAAACUGGUAUGGGGGACAACAGCUCUGGAGCUGGCGGUGCUGCGGGUGCAACCGGAAGCGGAGCUGGGGCUGGUGGCAACGGCAUGACGCCGACCAGUUCCAUGAUGUCCCUGAUGUCGGGCGGUGAACACGCUGGGUACCUCGUUACGGCCGAGCUCAAGCUCACGAAAAUCCUCGAAAUUGUGGGUCAGUCGAAUUCGUCCGUCAACAGCUUCGGUGGGUAUGACGGGGCUGGUGGUGACGGUAACGCUGGCGCUGGUGAUGAAAAUUCGCAAGGAAACAACCCCGAGGACGGUGGCAACAACGCCCACCUGGAAAUGCUGGAAGACGGUCACACGAUGUGGUCGCCAACCACAAAUAAUGACCCGCGGCUGCACGAAAACAACAUUCGUGUCCGCCCAUCAACGCGGGGGCUGCCUUCCGCUUCACUCAUGGCAGCUCGGAUCGGCAUCACAAUUGCCGAUAGCGACGACGAGCCAGAUUCCGCACGCUCUGAAGUCUCAGCGACCGGAUCGGAGAUCGACGGUGAGCGCAUGAGCGCACUGGUCCCCUCGCGUGAUAUCCUCAAAAUGAGCAGCUCGCGACACUUUGCCGAAGUCAUGCGCAAGAAAGAGUUGGCGGAGAAGCAAAAGGUGGCGGCUGAGAAGGGCAUUUCGGACGAGGAGAUGAUGGCUAAGCUGCGGAAGCGCAACCAGCUCGAAGCCGACGCCCGCCUCGCAACAUCACCAACACGUCACGGAGCCGAGCUUUUCUUCGCCAAAGCCGCCGCAGUGGCGAAGGACGCCAACGGAGGCGAGGUGUCCAGCUCACUUAGCGGCCCGGUACUCAACCCCAGUCAGUCCUUAGCUUACGUGACACAACUACACUUUAACGAUCUCUAG